ACAAUGGAACAGACUACACCUAUUUGAUGCCCGUGAUGUCUUCACUAGUCGAGGGAUGUUUGAUGCCAUAAUUAAACACAUCAAAUAUGGUACCAAUAAGGGUAACAUUAGGUCUACUAUCACUGUGUUUCCUCAACGUAAGGAACCCAAGAAAGAUUUCCGUGUGUGGAACGGUCAGUUGAUAACAUACGCUGGUUAUCGUCAACAAGAUGGCUCCAUCAUCGGCGACCCAGCUAACGCAGAAUUGACUGAAAUAUGUAUUUCUAUGGGAUGGGAGCCAAAAGGUGGUCAAUUUGAUGUUCUACCUCUUGUCUUACAAGCUGGAGGAGAAGAACCUGAAAUGUUUGAGAUUCCACCUGAACUGGUUUUAGAAGUAAAACUCAAGCAUCCAAAGUACCCAUGGUUUGAAGAGAUGGGUCUAAAGUGGUAUGUUCUGCCUGCCAUCUCGUCUAUUAGUCUUGAUGUUGGUGGCUUAGAGUUUCCAGCUUGUCCUUUCAAUGGCUGGUACAUGGAAACAGAGAUUGCAGCACGUGAUUUAGGUGAUCCAUCUCGUUACAACUUACUUGAGCCUGUAGCCAAGAAGAUGGGUCUAGACACAAAAAGUAAUGCUUCACUGUGGAAGGACUUGGCUUGUAUUGAGAUGAAUGUUGCUGUACUGCAUAGCUUCCAGGAGGCGAAUGUAACCAUCACUGACCACCACUCGGCAUCAGAAUCCUUCAUGAAACACUUCGAGAAUGAGAACAAGCUUCGUGGUGGCUGCCCUGGUGAUUGGGUGUGGAUCGUUCCUCCUGUGUCAGGCUCGUCUACUCCUGUCUUCCAUCAGGAAUUGCUCAAUUACUCUCUCAAACCGAGCUACGAAUAUCAGGACGAUCCCUGGAAGCAUUAUCGCAUCAAGAGAAAAGAAUCUGAUUUGCCCAUGAAGAAAAUAGCUUUCAAAGAAGUAGCAAAGGCCGUUAAAUUUUCAGCCAAACUAAUGGGUAACGCCAUGGCCAAAAGAACCAAAGCCAUUAUUCUGUACGCUACUGAAACUGGCAAAUCUGAGAACUACGCCAAGAUGCUCAGUGAGAUGUUUCUACAUGCGUUUGAUCCAAAGGUGAUGUGCAUGAAUGACUAUCCUCAUCCUGAGCUGGAAAACGAACAACUGGUUUUAAUCGUAACGAGCACGUUUGGGAAUGGUGAUCCGCCAGAGAAUGGAGAAUCAUUUGCUCGGUACCUUUAUGAAUUACGUCAUCCUACCAACGAAAAAACAGAAAACAACAAAAUGGCCGCGCAGAUCAGCAGUCUUCUCAUCCAGAAAGAAAAGGAAAAAGGCUUGAAUAUGAAGGACGAUGAACUACGUUUAGCUAGUCUGAGGUAUUCUGUUUUUGGCCUUGGGUCACGUGCUUAUCCCAACUUUUGUGCGUUCGCAAAGUCUGUUGAUAAAAUCAUUCAAGAGCUUGGCGGAGAGCAGGUUUACAAGAUGGGUGAAGGAGAUGAGUUAUGUGGACAGGAAGAGGCGUUCAAGACUUGGGCAAAGAAUGUAUUUAAGGCUGCAUGUGAAACAUUCUGUGUUGGUAAAGACGUGAAUAUUGAAGAAGCUGAUGCGUCCCUGAACACUUUAUCCAGGGGUUGGUCACCUGAUAAGUACAGAUUUACUAAAAGCAAGGAGAAGCUACAAGACGUUUGCACUAAUCUUUCCGUGUCUCACAACAAGACAAUCAUACCAACCAAAAUCAUGUCAGUCAAAAAUCUACAAUCACCAGAUUCAAGCCGCGCAACUUUACUGGUACGUCUAGAUACGAGUAAUAACGAGGACUUCAAAUACAAACCAGGCGACCAUCUGUCUCUAUUCCCUGCUAACAAGGAGUCAGUAGUCCAGUCAUUACUAGACCGUCUGUGUCAGGCACCUGAUCCUGAUCAGCCAAUCACAGUCGAGGCUUCACGUGAAAUGUCAGGUCCUUUUGGAACGACCAAGAAGUGGGAGAAGCUGGGGCGGUUUCCAGUACCCAUAACGCUACGAGAAGCAUUCAGUCGACACAUCGAUAUCACAGGCACACCAGCACCACAGAUACUCAACUACCUCUCUACACAGGCUACUGAUCCCGAUGAAAAGAAGUUGUUGGAAGAACUAGGAAAGGGUGACACGAGUUACGAGAACUGGAAGUACGACAAACAAGCCAAUAUUGUUGAGGUGCUAGAAGAAUUCCCGUCACUGAAGGUCAACGCAGAAUUGCUCCUUACGCAACUACCAUUACUACAACCUCGUUUCUAUUCUAUCUCUUCAUCACAAGACUUGUACCCAGGAGAGAUCCACGUGACAGUAGCUGUAGUUAGGUUUACAAAACGAGGUGGUAGAGGCCCAGUUCAUCACGGCGUGUGUUCUACGUGGCUAGAGAGUCUAGUACCUAAUGACAUUGUCCCAUGUUUUGUACGACAUGCGCCAUCAUUCCACCUCCCACAAGAUGACUCAGUACCCCUCAUCAUGGUCGGACCAGGGACAGGAAUCGCUCCGUUUAGAAGUUUCUGGCAGCAGCGUCAAUUCGAUAUGACGAACAAGCCAACACCGCAGGGRUCCUGGGGAGAUAUGUUUUUGUAUUUUGGAUGUCGAAGCUCAAGACAAGACGAUAUUUAUAGAGAUGAGACAGCAAACGCCAAGCAUAAUAAAGUAUUAGCUAACGUCAGAACUGCACUAUCACGAGAAGAAGAUCAGCCAAAGCAAUACGUACAAGACCUCCUGAAGGAAGACGCUUUGGAGGUCAUCGAUACACUCAUCAGUCGUCGUGGUCAUUUCUAUACAUGUGGUGAUGUUUCCAUGGCAGCAGAUGUAUGUAGAACAUUACAGACAAUGCUGGAGUCGUAUGCAGCCAUGUCGCAACAGGAAUCACAAGACUUCAUUGACAAACUAAAGAGCUCUGGUCGAUAUCAUGAAGAUAUUUUUGGAGUAACAUUACGAACACGUGAAGUAACAGAUCGCGUUAGAACUGCAGCACGAAAGGCUUGGGUUUAUAUUGCUACCGCCAGAUCUGUCAAGGUUAGCUCGUCAUCUUUAAAGGGAAGAGAUGUCCAAGAUUCCUCAGGAAAAAUUCGAAGUAGCGUUUCGUCACCCAAGAGGUAUCCUUUAGACCGUGGUCCUACUGUAACGGUACUGAUGCGAUCUGAGAAGGAAAUAAAUGAAGAAAAUGAAGCUGAAAAUAUCAAAUUGGAAGCAAGAAACCAGCGUCGUUCUUCGCUGCCUGAUACUGAAUGAUUCCAGUCCAUCAGACAAGACCAGACAGGCUUGAAUGUUCAAACAGGCUGGUCAAUAGAAUAUUCAAAAAUGUUAAACGAAUUAUGUUAGAAACAUAGAAUCGAGGCUCCUCUGUCUUUGUUUAUUUGCAUAUUCAUUCUGAUUUGCCACACGAUAUUUACUCAAUUACGUCACAAGCUAUGCCACGUGUAAUACCGACAAGAAAUGUUAGCUUCGUUUCCAGUUUUAGUUUAGUUAGUCAGAUCGUCCACGAUAGAGUCGUAUAUUUAGAAGCUGUUUGAAGAAGUAGAUGAAGUUACCCCCUGGCCCUUUAGAGUGCAAGCGAGAAAAAAUGUGUGAGUACAGUAAUUAGCUUUACACCUUGUCUAAGCCUUAGUCUCGGCCAUAAUAGCCUUUUAGUUACUUGAUAAGACCCGUCCAUGGUUUAGAUUGUGUUUAAGCACAUGCACGGCAACGCCCUGAGAAUUCUAUUGCUUAGUAAGCAUUCAAUUUACAAAGCCAGGCCUAUAUCCGUAUUUAUACAUUUAAAUCUGUGCCUUUAAGUCUAAAGACUUUAUUGAUCUUAUUAUCGCUAGUAUAUUUUCACGUCGAUUGCAGUGGCACGCCCUAAGGUAUAACCAAAAUCGCAUCAUUUAUAUUAGUAUUCAUGAGAUUUUAUAGUAGUUAUUUGAUUGCUAUGUUAUCAUAAAAACUAUUAGUAUCGUUUUACUUGUACCUUUAGUUUCUUAACCUUUUAGAGUUUGUCAUACUAAAACUAUGAUCGGAACGCAUGUUAUUCCUUAUGCGUGAUUCUAUUAUCUUGUAAUCCUAUAUCAUUUAGUAAUUAGUUCAUUAAUUGUAUUGUUUUCAGUUUAAGUUUGAUUAUCGUCAAUUAAAAUCACCGUCAAUCGCA